AUGAAGCUCAACAAGCUCAAGGUGAGGCCGAAGAAGGAUGCAGCCGCCGCUCCUUGCGCCGCCGAGUUUGCCACCAUGCUUGCGUGCUGGGCGUCUUCCAACGAUAUCAAUAACAUCGGCGCUUGCAAGGACUCCGCUCGCUCCCUCCAAGAAUGCAUGGCUAGCAGGAAACCUCGCGGCGGUGUUUCCAAGCCGACUAUCAACUACCACCUGGCACGAUUGUCCAAGCAGAUCUAG